UGUUCUGUUAAAUAAUGUCAAGUUUGGUAACACACUUGAAAACUUUGGGGUUAUUAUUCAAAAACCGAUUGAGUUUUCAUUUGAUUUUCCAGAUUUCCUUCCACAAUGACCAUAAUAAUCCCGCGAAUUCUUAAGAAAUGUCUAAAACUAGGCAGUCUUGCAGUUUUCACACCCCAAUUAAAGAAUAUUCGUAUGAUGAGCCGUAUACCAAUGCCUGAGAAACCUGCAAUGGCGGGCCAAGGAAAAGGCCCUAUGACAUGGAAAUCCUUCGCAAUCACAUCCGCAAUUGGAGGCGGAAUUCUUGCAUUUAUGCUUUAUGUAAAGAAUGAAAAAGAACAAGCUCAGUUAAAAGAGCGUCAAAAAAUGUUAGGUAAAGCAGCGAUCGGCGGUAAAUUCGAUCUAAUUGAUUCCAACAAACAGCCAAGAACAAGUGAAGAGUUUUUGGGCAAGUGGGUUCUUCUAUAUUUUGGAUUUACACAUUGUCCAGAUAUUUGUCCUGAUGAAUUGGAGAAAAUGGCCAGUGUUAUAAACAAAAUUGAUAAAGAUGGAAACAUUGAAAUGCAACCAUUAUUUAUCACUGUUGAUCCAAACCGUGAUAAACCAGAAACAGUUGGCAAAUACUGCAAAGAAUUCCACCCGCGAUUACUUGGUUUAACCGGCACAGAAGACCAAAUAUCAAAGGCGUGUAAAGCCUAUCGGGUGUAUUUCAGCGCCGGCCCGAAAGACCAAGACGCCGAUUAUAUUGUCGAUCACACUAUUAUCAUGUAUCUGGUGAAUCAAGGUGAGUUUGUUGAUUACUACGGUCAGAAUCGCGAUGCCGAUGAGAUUUCCGACUCGAUACGAAUCAACGUUGCUAAGUACAAUCAAGUACACAAAGGCGGUUGGUUUGGCGCAUCAAAGUGAAUACAAUAAGUACCAAAAAGUGUUGAUAGCAUUUGUUUAACUAUUGAAAUAACUACUUAUUAUUAAUUUUAAUUUUUUCUAAUACUUGCCGACGUUUUAUUACAUUUCGGCAUCAAAUAAAUUAUUAUGUGAGUUA